GUUGUUGUUGCCAACCUUGGCCCGUUGGCCGGCCAUCUCCGUCACGUCAGGUGCGUGCAUGUCCACGCCACCACUACCAGUCGUUCCUCCUGGCCCAGGCCCCGGAGCGCUAUAUAAGCAGCGGCUUGAGCAGCGCACUAUGGACAACAGGAAAACACAUAGCCACAUCGGAGCCACAGCCAUCGCCAUCGCCGCUGGUGGUUUGCUGAUCGCCGUCGACGGCCGGCGCCCCCCACUCGCCGAGAUCGCAUAAGUACCACACCUCGAUCGGUGCGGCGAGCGCGUGCAUAUCGGGAAAAAUCCUCCCCACUGACCACUAUGUCUUCAUCGGCCCACUGGCUGAGCCUGGUCGGGAGCGUCUGGCUGCAGACCGUGAACGGCCCCAACGCCGACUUCCCCGUCUACUCGUCGCAGCUCAAGGAGAUCAAGGGCAUCUCCCAGGUGCGGCUCAACUUCCUCGCCGCCGCCUCCGACGCCGGGAAGCUCUUCGGCUGGUUCGCCGGGGUGGCCGCGCUGCACCUCCCGCUCUGGGCGGUGGCGCUCACCGGCGCCGCGUUCGGCCUCGUCGGCUACGGCGUCCAGUUCCUCUUCCUCGAGAGGCCCGGGCUCGCGUACUGGCACCUCUUCGUGCUCACCUCCCUCGCCGGCAACGGCAUCUGCUGGAUCAACACCGUGUGCUACCUCCUCUGCAUCAAGAACUUCCCCUCCGACAGCCGCGUCGCCGUCAGCCUCGCCACGAGCUACCUCGGGCUCAGCGCCAAGUUCUACACCACCAUGGCCAAGACCCUCCCCAGGGCGGCGAGGGCGAGAUACUCCACCACCAAGGUGUACCUCCUCCUCAAUGCCGUCGUCCCUAUGGCGGUCACGCUCGUGGCGGCGCCGUCGCUCCGGGUGGUCGAGCUCCGCAAGGACACCAAGAGGACCCAGGCGCCGUUCCUCGCCAUGUUCGCGAUCACCCUGGCCACCGGAGCCUGCGCCAUCAUCGGCAGCGUAGGCGCCAAGUCCAUCGGCCUCUCGACCAGAGAACACAUGGUCAGCUUCUUCGUGCUGCUCGCCCUGCCUCUGCUGAUCCCUGUGGUGCUCAGGGUCAGGGAGAGCAUGGCCAAGAUACGGGAGACCAAGUGGGAGAACCGGAUCCACGACCACGACUCCGACGGGGCCGAGACGGCGGUGUCGGUGUCGGUGGUCGAGCUUGAGGCGGAGGACAAGCAAGAGGAGCAGGGGCAGGAGGCCGAACCACAGAGGAGUAGUCAAGAGGAGGUCGGCGGGCUCCGACUGCUGAGGAAACUUGACUUCUGGCUCUACUUUUUCAGCUACAUGUUCAGCGGCACGCUGGGGCUGGUCUUCCUCAACAAUCUGGGCCAGAUCGCCGAGUCGCGAGGACUCGCCGACGCGUCCACUCUGGUCUCCCUGUCCUCCUCGUUCGGCUUCUUCGGUCGCCUCCUUCCUGCCUUCUUGGACUACUACACCGCCAAGAGCGGCUACUCCCUCUCAAGGACGGCGUCCAUGGCGUCGCUGAUGGCGCCCAUGUCCGGCGCGUUCUUCCUCCUUCUGCACCCGAAGAACAUGUCCCUGUACGCCAGCACGGCCGUGGUCGGAACGUGCACGGGCGCCAUCACCUCGGUGGCCGCGUCGGCGACCAACGAGCUGUUCGGCACCAAGAACUUCGGCGUCAACCACAACGUGGUGGUCGCCAACAUCCCCCUGGGCUCGCUCUGCUUCGGCUACCUGGCCGCGUACCUGUACCAGAGGGGCGCUCACGGCGGCAACCGCUGCAUGGGCGCCGCCUGCUACCGGGACACCUUCCUCCUCUGGGGCGCGACCUGCGCCCUGGGCACGGCGCUGUGCAUGGUGCUGUACGCGCGGUCGCGCGGCUCCGCCGGGAGGCGGCUACCACGCUAGGGCGCCAGGCGUGUGCGGCGCUGGUUGGCUAACGUAGAUGAUGAUCAUAAAGAAGGGACCAGAAGUUUCUCUGGUGAGUGAGUUUAGCUGUUUAGGUGCCACAUAAUUAAGAGGGGGAAUAAAAUAUCUAGAGAGUACUGCUAGGUGAUGUAGUGCAGCAUUUUUUUUCUUUCUUUGUAAGAAUCUUUUGUUUUAUUAGUUUGUUGAUGACUCAACUUACAAAACAGUCCCUUGGAGGCUCUGAAAAGCAAUGUGUAUGCUUACGGAUGAAAAGAAACAGAGAGCAUGUAAACGAUGCUGGGAAUCGCAAGUUUUUUUGCGAUAUCAGCACGGUAUGUUCCAACACAGUUUCUAACAUGUUUGAGGUCAUCCAGCGAA